UACCCCACUACUCGGAGAUAAAUAAUGGCUACAACACCACACGUAAGCUUAAUAAUGGUAAACGAGGAUGAUUAUGAUGCAAUACAUAUUUUGUAUUUCUUACUUCCGUAAUACAGAACUACUAACGGUGUAAUCUCGCCUAUUUAAAAACUAACAGAACACAACAGACCUGGAUGUACGGCAGCACCAUCUUCUAAAAUUAGUAGACCUACUGGCACUGUACGGCCGCCUGAAAAUGCAUUGGAGCAUAUUUGACUUUUAACCGAGGUUGCAGUUCCACCGGUAGUGCCUAUGCAACUGCCGCAGUACGUCACCAGCUGUGUCCACUGAACCUUUAUGAGGCAUUUCAACCAAAGGACUACAGAUUUCCUAAUCGCUGCUUUGGAAAUGGAAAAUUCACUCGAUGCUGUAAAUCAGCUUGGUUUGAAAAGUGGUCUUGGUGAGACAGAAAGAGCAAGAAAGGAGAAAUGAAUGGCACAGUGAGUGAAAAAGUAGAAAAUGAAAAUCAUGUGGAUAGAAGUGAAAUGAGAGACAAGGAAAAAACACCUAAACUAGCCAUGGUCAGUCCCAUAAGUAUGUUUCGCUAUGCAGACUCGUUGGAUAUACUACUAAUGGUACUGGGCACACUUAUGGCAGUAGCUCAUGGGGCUGCCAUGCCCGCCUUGGUUAUAGUGUUUGGAGACAUGACAGACAGUUUUGUUUCUGAUUCCAUCGCAGAUAUGCCAGGGCUACAGAAUUUUACCAGGCCACAAUCGAAUGAAACAUUGGAACAACAAAUGACAAGGUUUGCCUAUUACUACUCAGGACUGGGGGCAGCAGUCCUCCUUGCUGCCUACAUACAGAUUUCCUUUUGGACCCUGGCUGCAGGCAGGCAGAUAAAGAAGCUGAGAAAAAAGUUCUUCCACGCAGUUGUGCGACAAGAAAUAGGAUGGUUUGAUGUGAAUGAAGUAGGAGAGUUGAACACACGUCUGACAGAUGACAUUUCCAAGAUAAAUGAAGGAAUUGGUGAUAAAAUUGCCUUGCUUAUCCAGUCAGUGGCUACCUUCUUAGCUGGAUUCAUUGUAGGUUUUAUAGAAGGAUGGAAGCUGACUUUAGUUAUUCUGGCAAUCAGUCCAGUCCUGGGAGUGGCAGCUGCUCUCUUCUCCAAGAUCUUGACUAGUUUUACUGGUAAAGAGCAAGCGACCUAUGCAAAAGCCGGAGCAGUGGCUGAGGAGGUUCUGUCAUCCAUCAGGACUGUGGUGGCUUUUGGGGGACAAAAAAAAGAGACUGAAAGAUAUCACAAACAUUUAGAAGAUGCCAAGAACAUUGGAAUAAAGAAGGCUGUCUCUGCAAACAUCUCAAAGGGCUUUGCCUUCUUUGUCAUCUAUGCGUCCUACGCGCUGGCUUUCUGGUAUGGAAGCACACUUAUUCUAGAUGAAGGGUACACCAUUGGAAAAGUACUAACGAUCUUUUUUGCAGUUAUCAUUGGAGCUUUUGCGGUUGGCCAAACAUCUCCAAAUAUCCAAUCAUUUUCCAGUGCAAGAGGAGCAGCUCUUAAAAUCUUUCACAUCAUUGACAGUGAACCGAAAAUUGAUAGCUUUUCAGAGAGAGGAUACAAGCCCGAUCAAAUCAAUGGAAAUAUUGAAUUCCGAAAUGUCCACUUUACAUACCCAUCACGACCAGAUUCUAAAAUAUUACAAGGUGUGAACCUAAAGGUCAGCAGUGGCCAGACGAUUGCACUGGUUGGUAGCAGUGGAUGUGGGAAAAGCACAACAGUCCAGCUGCUUCAGAGAUUUUAUGAUCCUGAUGAAGGAACAAUUACAAUUGAUGGAAAUGACAUUCGAUCCUUGAAUGUAAAAUGCCUCAGGGAAUACAUCGGAGUGGUGAGCCAGGAGCCUGUUCUUUUUGCCACCUCUAUUUUAGAAAAUAUCCGCUAUGGGAGGGAGGAUGUGUCCCAAGCUGAGCUUGAAGCUGCCACGAAGGAAGCAAAUGCAUACGAUUUCAUCAUGAAACUACCCAAAAAAUUUGAAACCUUGGUUGGCAACAGAGGCACACAACUUAGCGGAGGUCAGAAACAAAGAAUCGCCAUUGCUCGAGCUCUGGUCCGAAACCCCAAGAUUCUCCUGCUGGAUGAAGCAACUUCAGCACUGGAUACUGAGAACGAGGCGAUUGUGCAGAUGGCACUGGACAAGGUGAGAAAAGGCCGGACCACUAUAGUAGUGGCCCAUCGCCUGUCUACAAUUCGCAAUGCAGACAUUAUUGUUGGCUUUGAGAAUGGAGUGGUCACAGACCAAGGCACGCAUAGCGAGCUAAUGAGCAGAAAUGGGGUUUACCAGACCCUUGUCACUAUGCAGACAUACACAAGCAAAGACAAAGGGCUGGAUGCUGCAGAGGAGGUUGUGGUAGAUGAGAAGAGCCGUUCCCUGGUAUCAUUAACUGAAUCGACAUUGUUCAGAAGAAGUUCAAGCCGGCUGAGUGGAAAAACAACAGAGAAGGAUCUGGAAAACAAAGCUGAUGAUGAGACAAAUGAGAAUGAUGAAAAGGUGCCGCAGGUAUCUUUUUUCAGUGUCCUCAAACUCAACAGGACUGAGUGGCCCUAUCUGGCUUUAGGAACCUUUUGUGCCCUUGUGAAUGGAGGUAUCCAGCCUGCUUUUGCCAUUAUCUUUUCCAAAGUCAUAGGGGUUUUUGCUGAAACAGACAGAGAAGUGUUGCGAUACAAAGCCACAAUGUUCUCCUUAUUCUUUUUAGCAAUUGGCGGGGUUUCAUUUUUUAGUUUAUUCUUUCAGGGUUUUAGCUUUGGAAAAUCCGGAGAAAUUCUUACAAUGAGACUUCGAUUCAGGGCAUUUAAAGCUAUGCUGCGACAGGACCUUGGCUGGUUUGAUGACCCUAGGAACAGCACCGGGGCCUUGACAACGAGACUUGCAACUGAUGCGGCUCAAGUGCAAGGAGCUACCGGGUCCAGGCUCGCUACCUUUGCUCAGAACACUGCCAACCUUGGGACAGCCAUGAUCAUUUCACUCUUCUAUGGCUGGCAGCUUGCUCUCCUCAUUCUGGCGAUUGUACCAGUGCUGUCCGUUGCAGGGGUAAUGCAAAUAAAAAUUCUGUCGGGGCAUGCUGAGAAGGAUAAAAAGGAACUGGAAGUUGCUGGAAAAAUUGCUACAGAAACCGUGGAGAACAUUCGAACCGUUGUUUCAUUGACAAGAGAAAGAAAGUUUGAAUCUAUCUAUGAGGAAAACUUGGAGGUCCCUUACAGAAAUUCACAGAAAAAGGCUCAUGUCUAUGGCCUGACUUUUGCCUUUUCCCAGGCAAUGGAAUACUUUGCAUAUGCUGGGUGCUUUCGUUUUGGUGCCUACCUGGUGACAAAAAAUAUUAUGAAUUUUGAAGACAUGUUUCUUGUCAUUUCAGCCCUUGUGUUUGGAGCUCUUGCAGUAGGAGAGGCCACUUCCUUCGGUCCCAACUAUGCCAAGGCCAUAGUAUCUGCAUCCCACUUGUUUAUGCUGUUAAACAGAGUUCCAGCCAUAGACAAUGACUCUGACGAUGGAGACCAGCCAAAACAAGUUGAUGGCAACAUCAAGUUUGAAGAUGUGGUGUUCAACUACCCUUCCCGCCCCAACGUGCAGAUAUUGCAGGGGCUCAGUUUAAAGGUGGAGAAGGGACAGACUCUGGCACUGGUGGGUAGCAGCAGCUGUGGGAAGAGCACCAUCAUACAGCUGCUGGAAAGGUUCUAUGAUCCACUGAAAGGCAAAGUGAUACUGGACAACUGCAAUAUGAAGAAGCUUAAUAUCCAGUGGCUCAGGGCUCAGAUGGGUAUCGUAUCCCAGGAGCCUGUGCUGUUCGACUGCAGCAUCGCAGAGAACAUUGCCUAUGGUGAUAAUAGCAGGAAAGUGACGCAGGAGGAGAUUGUGGCAGCAGCUAAGGCAGCCAACAUUCACUCCUUCAUUGAAGGUCUACCUGAUAAAUACAACACCCAAGUUGGUGACAAAGGGACUCAGCUCUCUGGUGGACAGAAGCAGCGUGUGGCAAUCGCCCGGGCGCUCGUCCGAAAUCCCAAAAUCCUGCUCUUGGAUGAAGCUACAUCAGCACUGGACACAGAAAGCGAAAAGAUUGUGCAAGAGGCCCUGGACAAUGCUAGAGAAGGCCGCACUUGUAUUGUUGUAGCACAUCGGCUGUCCACUAUCCAGAAUGCUGAUAAGAUUGCAGUGCUGCAGAACGGCCAGGUGGUGGAGCUGGGGACACACCAACAACUUCUCUCCAGACAGGGAGCAUACCAUUCACUUGUUAAUGUCCAGAUGCAACACAAAUGAAUAAGCCAUGAAAACUAAGACCAUAUGCAGGACCCCCAGGUUUACAGUUUACCAUGUUUACUAUGCUUUUACAAGCAUAGUAAAGUCUAUCCUUCAUUUGUACAGGUUACUCCACAGACCUUACCGAUUUUUAUUGUUUGGAUUUAAAAGUGCUUUAGUGAAUUUUUGUUUCACCAUAUUGUAAGGAAUACAUUUUCACCUUAACAAAACAGGUAAGGCUAUGGCCAAAGGUCUUGCAUCACCCUCUGUAUAGAAUUAACUAAUUUUGCUUCAUAAAGUCAAAUGAAACCUGCUGAAUAAUGAUACGUUAACAUAUUGAAUUACAUAUUGCUUUGUGGUUUUCCAUAUAUUUAAUGAAAAACUUUUGGCCAUAGCUGUAUGAAUGGUGGCUUUUUGUGGUUCUUGUUGUAAAGACUUAGAACAUCUACACGCACUGAAGAAAGAAUUUGCUUUCAGUCCAGCGUAGUUGCAGAUGGAAACAUAACAAUUAUUAUCCAAAUUAAAAUUAAUGUUUAAUAAUACCACCUGCACAUUUUAUAGUUUCUGAUGAAGCCAGAGCAAGGUGCAAUUUCUUUAAUGAAGUCAGUUUGAAAAUGAUUACUGAGGGUGCUGGUGGUAAUUUAUUGUACUGGCCUUAUUGCUUUCUUAGUGACUGCUGCAAGUUAAAAUAUGCACAUGAGUGCAUGAUGCAUGCCACAUAUCUAUGUAGAGCCAGCAAUAAACAGAUUAAUUUAAUAAGCAGUCUCUGCUUGAAAAGCCCAGGACUGAAUGAUAAGAAGUGUUGUAGUGAAGACUGAGAUGUACUUGCAGAAAUGUGAGGGGAAGCUUUCAUGGCAUCUGAUGACAGCGCCAGUGCCCCUCACCUUUCACUAGCACAAUAUUAAAAUAUUUAUACAUUGUGAUGUGGUCGGAUUAUGAUCAUUCUUAUUAAAGUGAAUCGGAAUUAGAAUAAACUAAGCAGCAAACCAACCAAGAUGGUUCACUUACAAUAUUCCUGGGAUUCAAACCAGAAAUGUAACACACACACUUUAAAUGAAACAGACAGCCUUGUCACACUUUUGUCAAUCACAUUUAUUUAGAUGCAUAACAAUUGUAUCAUUCUAAGCUUUAUAUUCCAGGAAGCAGCUUUUAUAGACAUUGUUAUAUAAAUCACAGUAUUUGAUCAACAGUCAUUCUUAGAUUACAUUCGGAGAAAAAUGAAGCAAGUGCAUGGUCUGCACUUUUCUUUCCUGUUUCUUUCUUUAGGUGGAAGUAUCCUUUAAAAAGCAACAUUCUUCACACGUUACUUUCUCUCAGCACAAAGGUUCCCCCGUGACAUUAGCUAUAGCAUAUUAACUAAAUACCCCUACCCAGUGAACCAAGACAUUUUGCUGUAUAGUGAUAUUUCCCAUUUGUACAGACAUUUAUAAUCUUCAUAUCCAAUGCAUGACAGAGUUGGUAAUAAGUGUUGCUUUCAAAAUACCCACAAGCGUCUAUCAUCAGUUUUCAUGUAAAUAAUUGAUGCCUAGUCUGGGGAACAUUUUGUGCAGGAUCAGGGUCAUUUAGAGGAUAUUUCUGAUUAUGCUGCAGCCCCCUUGAAACUACUGUAUUAUGUGGAACCACUGCUCCACAAUGCCUACUCAAAUACUGCCUAGUUUAUUUCUUCAUACAUAAAAUACAUAUGCGUCAUUCACUAUUCCUUUUAAUCUACUGGAAGUUCAUUUUUUUUUUUUUUUACUUCAUUCAACAUGAGAACAUGCAUAUUAGGACUUCUUUGGGCACUUUGACGUAAAUACAAAUCCAAACAUUUUGUAUGAAACAUUUUUUUGACACAGGCUGCCUCUUCUCACUGUGGAGAGCAGCUUACAAAAUGAUUUUUGUACUUUGAAAAAAGUACCUUUUAACAACUGUACACUUGUGUCUAGUGUCACAAGAGUUUUUCUUUUUAGUAAUAGUAAUUCCACUAUUUGAUAAUUUAGGCUGUGGUUAGAUUCAGGUCUACUGGAUAAACUAAUAAAGACUGGGAUUAAAAAUAAUUUUUUAAGCUGAUAAAACCAAAAGCUAGCUUCUUCUAAUUUUAAAAAACAUUGGUCCAGAUACAAGAAGCAUUUACUUCAGUGCUGCGUACUCUAUGCAAAAAAAAAAGAAUAAA